GUGCACUGUCUGCCUCAUGGAUAUCAAAAGAAAAUCAAUCUUUUCGCCGCCUACAAGCAGCCAAGAAAAAAAGAUCAAGGUAAAAGAAAGAAAAAAAGAAUGAUGAGGCAAUUUUGAAUAUCAUACUGCCCAACAUUUCCUGCGCACUCACUAACUUUUAAAUGUCAAGACCUCUCAUCAAAAAAUUGGAUCUGAUGUUCUAUUAGAUCAUUUUCCAUUUGGAAAUAAUGAUACACGGUUCCCCUUCAACACAUUGGAAAAGCUACUCGGGGAAAUUAUAGACAGUCCCCAUUCCACACAGAAUCAUAACUCUGCAGCCGGUUCGGGGGUAGUGAAAGCUGCUGCUGAACUGGCUAAGGCACUCAAAAUUGCAAGAACUUCUCCAAAUGCAUCUGCACAUGCAGUUGACUACGAUAUUGACUAUAUGCACCGGGAACGUGAUGCAUCUGACAUCUUGGAAGGCGAAAACGGCUUACCAGUCUUGCCGCUCAUUUUAGAUGAGGGCCUUCAAAAGGCCGUCUUCACACACCCUGGCUUGAACAACAACAACAAUACGACCUACGACAGACUUGAGAUUCUUGGAGAUGCAUACAUUGAAUUGAUUGCUACCAAGUUAGUAUGGGACAAGUUUCAGGAUAUCCCAUCUGGUCGCAUUUCACAAAUCAGGGAACUCUUGGUGAAGAAUGAAACUCUUUCUGAAUAUGCAACAAGAUACGGGUUUGAUCGCAGAGCCUCUGUGCCCCAGGGCUAUCUAAAUCAGCCGAAACGAUGGACCAAGACUAAAGGCGAUAUUUUCGAGGCUUAUGUGGCUGCUGUCAUACUGUCUAACCAGGAAGGGGGUUUCAAACUGGUUGAAUCAUGGUUGACGAAGUUAUGGUUACCAAAGCUUACGGAACUCGGAAUUCAAAAAUCGGUCCUGCAAGCGAAAGAGGCCCUUUCAAAGAAGGUCAUGGCUAAAGGAGUCAAGCUCGAAUAUAUUGAUGAACUUCCACCGGUCACGUCAAAAGGAGGUAUGCAAACCUUUUUUAUCGGCGUGUAUUUUACUGGUUGGGGAUGGAAUAGAAAGCAUCUAGGUUCCGGUCAAGGCCGUAACAAAGCAAUAGCUGGGGAUGAGGCAGCAAAACAGGCGUUACGAAGCAAUCCGUUGAUUGACGAAAUCGCUGAGAAAAAGAGGCUUAUCGGGACAGAAAUGAAGACAAAAAGCAGGAUCGACUGAAGUUCGAUGUAUCGGUGCUGGUUAUCACUACAAUCUGGUUUAAGAAGAAGUGGAAGAAGAAAAUUUAAUUGUUAUAGGAAACAUUUGAGCCGGCCGGCGCGAAUUCGGCUGCGAAGGGUAUUGCAAUAUAUCUGGCCGACCAGAUACAUAUAUAGUCUAGACAAUAGGGCGAGGCUGUGGUUUUGGGCGUAUUAAAGGCUCUAGUAUAACUCUGGUUCAUUGGGGGUGAGUCUAAUCCCCCAGUUACCUGGCCUAUCAAAUUAAGGUGUACUUUUUUAUAUGCGUCUCUUUUAUCUGAUUAAUUGGAUUGGGUCAAGAGCUCAUUAUACAGUAUAUGUUAAGAAAUAUAUAAAUGUAUAGAGUACUGGAG